UUCAAUCUUUCAAUGAAUGUGAAUUUGACAAAUUGUCAUUAUACGGCGCGUGGUGCCAUUAAUUUCCUAUUUAGUUUUGAUAAUAAACAAUUAAUUUCUUAACGAUUAAAGCAAAUAAUUAGUUGAAAACAAACACCAAUAAUGGGAAAGACAUCAAAAGACAAAAGAGAUAUAUAUUAUAGGUUAGCUAAAGAGGAGGGAUGGAGAGCUAGAAGUGCCUUCAAAUUACUACAAAUCAAUGAAGAACACAAUAUAUUCAAAGGAGUAACUCGAGCAGUCGACCUAUGUGCUGCCCCUGGGAGUUGGAGUCAGGUGUUAACUAAAAAUCUACGGCAGAAUGCUCAAAACGUUGAUGAUGUCAAAAUUGUUGCUGUCGACUUGCAAGCCAUGGCUGCGUUACCUGGAGUGAUUCAAAUACAAGGCGAUAUUACCAAAGUGUCUACAGCAAAUUCAAUUAUCCAGGAAUUCGAAGGCCUUAAAGCAGAUUUGGUUGUCUGUGAUGGGGCACCAGAUGUAACUGGUCUGCAUGACAUUGACGAGUAUGUGCAAUCACAGUUAUUGCUAGCAGCACUUAAUAUAACUACUCACGUUUUGAAGUAUGGUGGUGUGUUUGUAGCAAAAAUAUUUAGAGGAAAAGAUGUGUCAUUGUUGUAUUCUCAAUUGAAACAAUUCUUUGAACAUGUCACAGUUUCUAAACCAAGGAGUUCGAGAAAUUCAAGUAUAGAAGCAUUUGUUGUGUGUAAAAACUAUCAACCACCUGAAGGUUAUAUACCAAAUAUGGUUAACCCACUUUUAGAUCACAAAUACUGUGACUUCAAUCAGUUUACGGGCCCCAACAGAGUAAUUGUUCCCUUUAAUGCGUGUGGAGAUUUGAGUGCUUAUGAUUCUGACACAUCAUACCCCCUGCUGCUUGAAGGACAGACAUCUUAUGAAUACAAAGAGCCAGUCCAAAGCCCUAUCAAUCCGCCUUACAAAGAAAUAUUAGAAAAGACAAGAAAUAUACAGAUUAAAAACACCUAGUUAUAGGUAUACAAGAUUAAAAUUAUUUAAUGUUAAGUAAAAAAAUUUAGUAUAAUAUAUGUAUAUAAAUGCAAUAAGAUUAGAGAACAAUAAAUUACCCCUUAUUAAAA